AUGAGAGGGGAGAACAUCACCAAGGUCAGCACGUUCAUCCUUCUGGGUUUCCCCACCGCUCCUGAGCUGCAGUACCUGCUCUUCCUCCUGUUCCUGCUCGCCUACCUCUUUGUGCUGGUGGAAAACCUAGCCAUCAUCCUCACUGUCUGGAGCAGCGCCUCCCUCCACAGACCCAUGUACUACUUCCUGGGCUCCUUGUCUUUCUUAGAGAUCUGGUAUGUGUCAGACAUCAUCCCCAAGAUGCUGGACGGCUUCCUCCUGCAGCGGAAACGCAUCUCUUUUGCUGGUUGCAUGACUCAGCUCUACUUCUUCAGCUCCCUGGUGUGUACAGAGUGUGUACUCCUGGCUUCCAUGGCCUAUGACCGCUAUGUGGCCAUCUGCCACCCCCUGCGCUACCAAGUCAUCAUGACCACAGGGCUGUGUGUCCAGCUCGUGGCCUUCUCUUUUGCUAGUGGCUUCACCAUCUCUGUGAUCAAGGUCUACUUUAUCUCCAGCGCCACCUUCUGUGGCUCCAAUGUCUUGAACCACUUCUUCUGUGACAUCUCCCCUAUCCUCAAGUUGGCCUGCACUGACUUCUCUACCGCGGAGCUGGUGGACUUCAUCCUGGCCUUCAUCAUCCUGGUGUUCCCUCUCCUGGCCACCAUCCUCUCCUAUGGCCACAUCACCCUGGCUGUGCUACGGAUCCCUUCAGCCACAGGCAGGUGGAGAGCCUUCUCCACCUGUGCCUCCCACCUCACUGUGGUCACCUUCUUCUACAUGGCCAUGAUCUUCAUGUAUGUGAGACCCCAGGCCAUCGAUACCCGGAGCUCCAACAAGCUCAUCUCUGCUGUGUAUACUGUCCUCACGCCCAUGAUGAAUCCUUUGAUCUACUGCCUGAGGAAUACUGAAUUUAAGGAUGCUGCCAGAAGAACUUUGGGAUUGGGAAAUACUCCUCAGUAG